AUGUCCGUCACAACACAACUCCCACCAAAACCAGGGCACACAGCUCCUAUUCCUCACAACACACCAUUUACUCGUCCAAAUAAAGCAGCUCCAAUACCACAAAAGAAAAAGCCACAACGACACCCAACACUCCCAGAGUUAAAAACAGAAGACGUGUUUGACAAUGCAGUGACUGUAGUCAUCGAAGAAAGACUCUCAAAAACUACACACACAUCACAACAAAACUCAUUACAGAACUCCGCUCAAAAUUCCUUUUCAACACAAGCUUCACAAAGUACUUCACAACGUGACAGUAUAACAACAUCGGAGAGAAAUUCACAGAGUCGACAAGGUGGUUCUCCACGUGCAACAAAUAUUUUAAUGAGUCAAUCGAGCAGAGGAUCAAUGGAACGACAUAACUCGUAUUCCCCAAAUAUGAUUGCUCACACUAAAGACGAUAUGAUCCCCCCACCUCAACGCGCUGCUCCAAAACCCGUUAAAAGACAUUUACCUAACCAACAUUCCCCUCAAUCAUUCUCUCCACAAAUGCACAAACACGACACGUUCAAUACAAACGACACGUCACCACUAAAAUCACCACUUGCUACAGAAUCGGGAAUUCAGUUGGCUAGUUUACCUCCUAUUGGCUUUGCAAAGGUCAAUAUCAAAGAAGCUUCACCGUCGUCACCAUCAACGAAUUCCCCAUCGACUGAUAAUAGCCAUAACACAAGUUUUUCUAAAAAUCCAAUGGGACGUAUUUCCCUUGCUACACUUCCACCUUCAUCAACUAUUCAACUCGCUAGUUUACCACCACAAUCAAAUAUAUCACAUCAAACAAAUAUAGUCGGUGGAGCAGAAGCUACCACUCCAAGGACAAUUGUGAUGACGAGAACAUCGCAAGCACAAAAAGAACAAAAACAAGAGGAGAUCAAUUACGUCAGAACUAUCACAAAAUUCAACACACAAUUAUCAAAGAAAAUUGAUAAAAAAAGUUUUGCAGUACCGUCACUGAAGUCGUCAGAAGACAGCACCUGCGAAGACAAAGUCGAAGAGUGGGAUCUCCCAACAACUUCUCUGAAUGUGGACGAUGUCUGGAAUUCACUCCACUUCGAAGAGGUCGAAUCGCUUGUUUUCGACACUAUCAUAUGCGUUAAGGGUCGUUCUGAGAAUUUGAGCUCGACGGCGUGCCUUGGCGACUCAGUCCUCCCCUCUUUUUGA